AUGGAAAAACUUCGUGUUAGAAUUCAGGAGAGCUUAAAGAAAGGGGCAGCAGAUAUAUGCUUCUUGCAGGAAACAAAAAUCCAGGACAUGACUGAAGUUUUAGCUGGUUCAUUCUGGGGAGGUAGCAAUGUGGGAUGGUCAGCAAAAAAUUCUCAGGGCUUCUCAGGUGGCAUUCUAGUGCUGUGGAACAAAGAGGUGGUAGAUGUUAUCUUCAGCUUUAAGGGUGAAGGGUUUCUGGGCAUCUGUGCUAUCUUUAAAGGUGUGAUCUGUUAUUUUGUUAGUGUGUAUUCUUCCUGUCAUAUUGGCUUAAAGAGAAGGAUGUGGGAGGAGUUAUUGUCGCUUAGAAGGAGUUGGGUGGAUGGUGAAUGGUGUUUAGGCGGGGACUUUAACUCAAUUCGCUGUGCUUCAGAAAGAAUUGGAACGGGUUCGCAUUUUAGGUCUCAGGAAGCUUCGGAAUUCAAUGAUUUCAUUGAGUUGAUGGAGGUGGAGGAUCUGCCCACAGGCGAAAGGAUUUUUUCUUGGUGUCGGGGUGGAAUGAAGGUGAUGAGCAGAAUAGAUAGGUUUUUGUUGUCAGUAGGCUUCAUAGAGUUGAUCUCUGCUGAGUCUCAAGAAAUUGGCGAAAAGGAUAUCUCAGACCAUAGUCCAGUUUGGUUGAAAUGCAACAAAACCAAUUGGGGCCCAAAACCGUUUCGAUCCCUAGACUAUUGGCUGGAUCAUCCGCAAUUGGUGAGUUUUGUGUCCGAUGAAUGGGGUAAAAUGGAGGUUUCAGGUUCUUGUGCGUUCGUGAUCAAGGAGAAGCUCAAAGUAUUAAGGGAGAGGUUACGAUGGUGGAACAAAACGGUGUUUGGGUGGGUUGAUCUCAGCAUUGAUAAAGCGGUAACAGAGAUAAAUGGUUGUGAUGACUUAGUGAUGGAAGCGGUGGAACCGGUGAAUGAGCAAAUAUUCAACGAUAGAGCAAAGGCAAGUUCGGAAUUUUUUCAAACAUAUUAA